AUGGAGAGAAACCUUUCCCUUUGCAUUGUCUUAGCUUUCUUAGUUCCUUUUUCAACACUUUCCUUUGUUAAUGCAGAAGUAACCGACAUUUCCACAGACAAACAAGCUCUUCUUGCUCUGAAAGCUCGUAUAAGCCAUGAUCCUAGCAAUUUAUUGGCCAAUAAUUGGUCCACAACUACCUCUGUUUGUAGUUGGACUGGCAUCACUUGUGCUGGCCGUCACCACAGAGUCACAGCUUUGAAUAUUUCUAACUUGGCUCUCACAGGCACCCUUCCUCCUCAACUAGGGAAUCUAUCUUUCCUUGCAACGCUGGUCAUCAAGAACAACAGCUUUUAUGGCUCUCUCCCUGAGGAGUUGGCUCAUUUACAUCGACUGAAAUACCUUUCUUUCGGUUUUAAUGGAUUAUCUGGCGGACUCCCUGAAAGCAUUUUUUAUAAUCUUCCCAAUUUGGAAUUCUUUUCCUUGCCUUUUAAUAUGCUCCAGGGCAAAUUACCAUCCGCUUUAUCAAAAUGCAAAAAAUUGCAAAUCUUGUCCCUAUCUUUCAAUUAUUUCACAGGAGUCAUUCCCAAAGAAAUCAGAAACUUGACUCAGCUUAAGCGGCUAUUGCUUAAUAACAAUAAACUCCAAGGAGAAAUUCCAAAAGAGCUGGGCAAACUUUCAGAAUUGGAGAUAUUAUCCUUGGCAAAUAAUUCCUUAAUGGGAACUAUUCCUUCGCUUAUCUUCAAUCUUUCUUCUUUAAUUUCCAUGGACUUUUCAAAUAAUAGCCUAAGUGGUAGCCUUCUGGAUAACAUGUGCCAACAUCUUCCUAAUCUUGAAGAGUUUUACAUGUCUUAUAAUCAACUCACUGGUCCAAUUCCACACAGUUUGGGGCAAUGUAGAAUGCUUGAUUCUGUUAUGUUGUCCAAUAACCAAUUCGGAGAACGUAUUCCAAGAGAAAUUGGAAACUUGACAUUAAUCAAGAACCUAUAUCUUAGUGAGAAUCACUUGAUAGGCGAAGUACCAUACGAAAUUGGCAAUCUUCAUAAUCUGGAGUGUUUGGUCCUUCAAUUUAACCACCUAAUUGGCCCUGUCCCAGCUGCUAUAUUCAACAUCUCAACAAUUAAAAUACUUUCACUGUGUGGCAAUCAACUCUCGGGAAUUCUUCCAUCAACUGCAGAGUUGCCAAAUCUUGAGCAACUUCCCUUGUUCGGUAAUAAUUUCAGUGGGUCGUUUCCUGCUUUCAUCACCAAUGCUUCCAAGCUCUCCUUGCUAGAUAUAUCAUAUAAUUCAUUCUCAGGCUUCAUUCCUAGUACAAUUGGUAAUUUAAAAAAUCUUGAGAUACUAGAUUUAAAAUCUAAUUACUUCACAUCUUCUACUCUAGAUAUGAACUUUCUUUCAUCUUUGGCGAAUUGCGAGAGUUUAAGAGUUCUAAGAUUAGGCCAAAAUCCACUAAAUAGCAUCAUUCCAAGUUCAAUAGGGAAUUUGCCUAUUUCUUUGGAAUAUCUUAACAUAAAUGAUUGCAAUAUUAGUGGCAACAUUCCCAAAGAAAUCGGAAAAUUAAACAACUUGAUAGAAUUACAAUUACAAGACAAUGAAUUGACUGGAUCAAUUCCAGUUACGAUCGAUGGAUUGCAGAAUCUCCAACGUUUGUAUCUUCAAAAUAAUAAACUUGAAGGAUUCAGCCCAAAUAAUCUCUGUCGAUUAAAUGAAUUGGCUGAGUUGCAUUUGGGGGGAAACAAGUUCCAUGGAACCAUACCUACAUGCUUAGGUAAUCUCACCACACUGAGAAAAUUGUAUUUAGGUUCAAAUAAGUUAACAUCUUUUAUACCAUCAACUUUGUGGAAUCUUGAGGAUAUCUUGUACUUUGAUUUGUCGUCAAAUUAUCUCAAUGGAUCUCUUCCAUCAAACAUUGGAAAUCUUAAGGUUGCGAUAAAUAUAGAUUUGUCAAGGAAUCUUUUUUCUGGAAAUAUUCCAGUUGUUAUCGGAAGCCUACAAAAUCUACAAAAUCUCUCUUUAGGAUAUAAUAGAUUAGCAGGCUCAAUUCCUGAAAUGUUUGAUCACUUGACAAGCUUAGAAUUCUUGGAUUUGUCUAGUAACAAACUCUCAGGAGUUAUUCCAAAGUCUUUGGAGAACCUCUUGUACCUCAAAUAUCUAAAUUUGUCUUUCAACCAAUUAAGAGGUGAAAUUCCUACAAGAGGAUGUUUUGCAAAUCUUUCGGGUGACUCAUUUAUGGGGAAUCUUGCAUUAUGUGGUUUUGAUCCCCAACUAAAAGUUCCACCAUGCAAAAGUAGCACUCAUCGCAAAUCAAAAGUUCUCUUAUUGAUUGUCUUGUCACUAAGCAUUGCGGUCACAUUAGUUGUGCUAGUUCUUUUAUUUGUGUUGCUGAAAUGCCGCAAAAAGGACAAAAAGCUACCUAGUAAUAUCGAUAUGUCUCCACAAGAAACAUGGAGAAGAAUUUCUUACCAUGAACUUGUGAGAGCAACAGAUGGAUUCAAUGAGCACAACCUACUCGGCAAGGGGAGUUUUGGUUCAGUUUACAAAGGAAGACUUGGUGACGGCAUGGAGCUUGCAGUAAAAGUAUUCCACCUGCAAUUUGAAGAAGCUUUUACUAGUUUUGAAGUUGAAUGUGAAGUAAUGAGUCGUAUUCGUCAUCGAAAUCUUGUCAAAAUCAUCACUUGUUGCUCUAGCGAUGAUUUUAAAGCACUGGUAUUGGAGUAUCUGCCAAAUGGGAGCCUAGAGAAAUGUUUGUAUUCUAACGACAAUGUUUUGGACAUUUCACAGAGGUUGAAUAUAAUGAUUGAUGUUGCAUCAGCUUUGGAAUAUCUCCAUUUUGGUUAUUCAUUCUCAAUUGUUCAUUGUGACUUAAAGCCAAGCAACGUCCUACUAGACGAAAACAUGGUUGCACAUUUAAGUGAUUUUGGCAUCACUAAGCUCUUAGGUGAAGAAGAGUCUAUGACACAAACACAGACCCUUGCCACCAUUGGUUAUAUGGCGCCAGAAUAUGGAAGAGAAGGAAAAGUAUCUAGAAAAGGAGAUGUGUACAGCUAUGGUAUCAUGCUAAUGGAAACAUUUACAAGGAAGAAGCCAACGGACGAAAUAUUUACUGAAGAUAUGAGUUUAAGGAGUUGGGUAGGUGAAUCAUUAUGCAGCACAUUGAUGCAAGUCUUGGACACAAAUUUGCUAAGAAGGGAUGAUGAACAUUUCUCUAGCAAGGAGGAAUGUUUGUCAUCUAUCUUGAGUUUGGCUAUGGAGUGUACAAGAGAAUCACCUGAGGAGAGGAUGAGCAUAAAAGAAGUGGGAACAAGACUCAUCAAAAUUAGAGUUGAAUUUGCAAAAAUCGGAACAAGAAGAGGCAAAAGGGUUUUAAAUUUACAUUAAUAUCCUUCUAUUGUCCUUGAUAAUAAAGUCUGUUCAGGUGAUCAGCCAUACCCUUGAACCUUUUUUUGGCUGAUGUUAUGUUAUUUAACCAUUGGCUCUUUUGAUUUGCAGAGAGAAAUGG